UACACAAGAACCUCGGACGGACUCGUUGAAUCCAAAUCCCAAAACAACCCAAAUCACUUUCUCGUUUCACGUUUCACGUUUCCCAUCUCCUCCUUUUUCAUAACAAACAAACACCCAUUUUGAUUUGAUUUUUUCACCCCUGAAAACAGAAAAGAAAAAGGAAAGAACACGAAACCUGAGAAACCCCCGCCCCCUCCAACGGCGUCGUAUCGUUCGUUGUUCUUGUUCCUUCCUUCUUCUCUCCUAGUCUCCCUCCUUCCCCACCUAAACCAAACCAUCAACUCCUCCUCGUAUUACUAUUAGCAAACCGCUUUACGCUGCAUUCUCUAUUCUCUGCUUCUGCCUCUAUGUCUGCAUAUACCCCACUACCAAAAGAGAGAGGAACAAAGAGAGGGAUGGACGAACAGAAAAAGCGCAAUAUGAACAACGACCACGACGACGUUUUGGAGCCUCCGACCAAUUUCUCCAUGGUCGAGGACGGCAUUUUCAGAUCUGGUUUCCCGCAACCAUCCAAUUUUCCUUUCCUCCAAUCCCUUAAUCUCCGAUCCAUCAUAUAUUUGUGUCCUGAGCCUUACCCAGAGGAGAAUUUGGAGUUUCUUUGCUCUCAGAAUAUUCAGCUCCUCCAAUUUGGAAUUGAGGGGAAGACGGAGCCUUCUGUAUCUAUUCUUAAGGAUACCAUCUUGGAGGCUCUGAAAGUCUUGAUUGAUGUGAGAAAUCAUCCAGUUUUAAUCCAUUGCAAGCGUGGAAAGCAUCGGACGGGCUGCCUUGUUGGUUGCCUACGAAAAUUUCAGAAUUGGUGUUUGUCUUCUGUGUUUGAGGAGUACCAGCGAUUUGCUGGCGUGAAGUCUAGGGCAACAGAUUUGAGGUUUUUAGAAGGAUUUGACACAUUGCUCCUGAGGCAGUGCCUUUACAGCAUUAUCUACCAGUAUCAAGGUUAUGGUUCCAACAAGAGGCGGUUGUUAUACAGAGAAGACAAUUUACAGAAGCCGCAAACCAUGAAAGUUUAACAUAUGGCUUGGAGGGCCCUUCUCUUUUUCCUUUUCUUUCUGGCUUUGCUAUUAGUCACUCACUUAGACCCCUGUUUCUGUUUGUGGCGUAAAAUAUCCGCCCACAGUUAUUCCUUCUCCCCCCCCCCCUCUUCUUCUCAAAAUCCUCUCACACAGCUUCUGGUAAAAAAAAUCCAUUCAACACUUUCUUCUUUUUCGUCUUCCAUGGUAUCUCCAUUAUUUGUUUGGGAAAUAUGGUGGCAAUUGGUCCAGACCAAUUUUUCUGUGCAGUUUCGUAAUGCUCUGUCUGUACUACAACAGUUUUAGGUUAUUCUCUUUUCUCUCUGUUGAUAAAGACGGUAUCUUUGAUACUUUGGGAAUUUCAUUUCAGGGUCUUGGUCUCUGUGUCUUGUUUUUUAUUUCAAGAGAUAAAGCAUUAUUGGUGAAUGUUUUAUAAUUCCAAAGAUAUUCAUAAAGUUUGGACUUAUUCUACCGUAAUAUUGUGGGUGUGCGUGUGUGUGUGUUAUAUAAUACCAUGUUUAUCA